AUGACCAGCACAGCAUUCACUGCCCCUUCCUGGUACAAGUCAUUCUACAACCUCUUCCCCCUCGUCACCCUUCCCCAGGACGACGAGCUCGAGUGGAAGAGUCACGCGAAGCCUCUAGGCGAAAACGCAGCCGUUCUUUGGAUCCAUCCUUCCUCAUCGAACCACCCUUAUCACCGUUCAUGGCUUUCGUCCAAUCCAGCUUCAGUCCGGACACAACUCCUUUUCCUGCUUCGACAAACGGCAGCUCAGCCUCGAGUAGUGUUCCGUGAAUGGCCAAACGAGUCUUCGGCGCCAAAGAGUACUUUGCCGGCUCUGCAUCUUCCAUCGCAAGAUAGGUUGUUGAGUACGGAUGAAAUCAGGCCAUGGCUUGAAGCGACGUACCCUUUAGAGGGCAAGAACAAAGAUUGGCAGAAUCUCCCCUCUCAAUCAGCAUACGACUCUGCCCUCGCCCUCUCUACCCUGAUCACCAACCAGCUCCUACCCGCAUACCUCGCCUCCCUUCCCUCUCGCCCUUCAAAUUGGUACCUCUACUUCCCCACGCCACCCCCCCUAUGGGCUGGGUUGACCACCCCCUUACCGGCGAGCUUGACGGGAGAUGAGCGAGAGGUAGAUGGAGAGGAGGUUAUACGGAAGGGUGUAGAGGUGAUCGAUGCGUUGGAAGGGAUUGUCGGUGGAAAGAGUGGAGAAGAGAAGUGGAUGUUGGAUGCGAAAGCCCCCGGGGCUUUGGAUGCGUUGAUCGCGUCUCAUAUCUAUGUGCUCUUUGCUCUGCCGCUAGACUCGCCCCUCAGAGAAGCUUUGGAUGGGAAGAAGAAGCUGGAAAGAUAUCUGGAGAGAGUGCUGGAAUACGCGGAGAGAAAGGUGUAG